UGGGGCGGGCUGAGCGGCGGUGACUUUCCGGAGCUGCUGUCAGACAUGUCAAAUUUACGAUAAAACUGUAUUAUAGAUUCACAGCGAAGAGAGCAACGAAUAACCCAAAGAUUGGUUUUUGUAAAACCCGAAAACGGAAGAUGAGCGUGGAGCAUUUGGAGUGCUAUCUGCAGUGAAGAUAGGAGACGUGACAGAAGAUGAAGCACUGCUAUGCUAAAAUGGCGACGUCCAGUCAAAGAGAAGGUGGAAGAGAAUCCGCGCUACCAACUCCCAGCCUAUCAUCAACGGAGAAAAAGCCCCAAACGGCAGAUAACGACAUCCUGAAACUGACUGAUCGUCAAGAAGAACGUUCCACUCAGCUGCAGGGGGUGAGCUCCACUUUGAAGCAGGAGGAUCCACAGCCCCGCCACGUUAAAGAGGAAGAGGAGGAUCCACAGCCUCUCCAUGUUAAAGAGGAAGAGGUGCAAGCUGAUGGAGACCACUGUGGAGGAUCACAAGCAGACAGCCUCCUAGCUCCGCUAUCAGAUAGUGACCUCACAACAUCACACUCUCCUGAGGAUGAAGACAGCGACUCCAACCAAGAGUCUCUGAGCAGCGAUACAGACGCUGAAGGUGAUAUGAGGAUGCACAUUGACAACAAACACUCUCAAUGCUCGAAAAAGAAGGAGGGUAAAAAAUGUUUCACCUGCUCAAUUUGUGCUAAAUCAUUUUCCUUCAAGUGCCGUUUGACUCGACACAUGCAAACCCACACUGGAGAAAAACCUUUCAGUUGCUCUGUUUGUGCGAAAGGCUUUAUUUCAAAGAGAGAUUUGAUUCGACACAUGCUGACACACACAGGAGAAAAACUAUUUGGUUGCUCAGUUUGUGCUAAAAGCUUUUCUCGUAAGGACCUUUUGACUCAACACAUGCUGACGCACACAGGAGAAAAAGUUUUUGGUUGCUCAGUUUGUACUAAAAGCUUUUCUCGUAAGGACCUUAUGACUCUACACAUGCGAACACACACAGGAGAAAAACCUUUUGGCUGCUCAGUUUGUGCAAAAAGCUUUUCUCAGAAGGGCACUUUGACUCAACACAUGCUUACACACACGGGAGAAAAACCUUUUGGUUGCCCUGUUUGUGCAAAAAGCUUUUCUCUGAAGGGCACGCUGGCUCAACACAUGCUGACACACACAGAAGAAAAAACGUUCAGUUGCUCAGUUUGUGCGAAAUGUUUCGUUUCCAAGAGAAAUUUGACUCAACACAUGCGGAAACACACAGGAGAAAAACCUUUUGGUUGCUCAGUUUGUGGUAAACAAUUCUCUCAAAAGUGCUAUGUGAUAUCACACAUGAGAAGGCACUAGGGUUGGGCGAUAUGGACCAAAACUCAUUUCCCGAUAUACUGUAUUUAGGUUGAAGGUCGAUACACGAUAUAUAUCCCGAGAUAUUUUAAGCUAAAUUAGUGGAGACAAAAUCAAAGCCAAAUAUGUGUGUCAAGUUGUUUUAUUAAAAUAAAUACUUAACAUGAGGAUGUGUUUUGAAGUUUUAAAGCUUCAUACAAGAUGCACAUAAAAAACUCUUAUCUAACAAUAGCCUCUUAAAUAAAGUAGGCCGGUCUUUUUGUGAAAUAAAUACAGAAAAAGUCAAACAUAAUCUUUUUUAUAACAAACCUUCAGCUAUGUUCAAUUCCUUAGCUUACCUCCUGCAUGCAGGGAUGAGGGAGAUACAGCGCAAAUCCAGUCUAUUGAUACAAACGAUAUGGGUGGUUUUGAUAUCAUGCUUAAAGUAAAUAUUGUUAUGUUUUUUUGCUCAGUUUGUGGUGAAAGAUUUUCUGGCAAAUGCAGUUUGACAGACCACACGUGUUUUUGUAAACCUUUAUUUGUAAUGUUAGUCACAAUUAUAUUUUGUGAUAUUAUUUGAAGAAAUAAUGUCCGUGCAGCGUCACUUCCUGUUGCACAGAAAGGACGCUCAUGGCAGGAGCUCCGUUUUCUACUGCCGGAGUUUUAAAUACUUAAGAAUACAUUAUUCCUGACCACAGCCUGUGAUCACAACUCGAGAAGAGUGUGCUGACGUCUGACAGAAUUAAAUAAGCUUUGCUUCUUCCUACUCCUUUUGGACACGCGGAACUGUGAAAAAUUGUGGAAUUAUGUGAUGUAUUCCGUUGUAAAUUGUAUGCGUGUUCAAAUCAAGUCAAAGCAUUACGAUUGCCAAGAAAAUGAUAUCUGAGUGAUGGACAGUUUACAUUACCAUUGUCUACUUCUUGUACAUUGUGUUUGUUUGUUAUACAUUGAGGCUCAUUUUGGUGGCUGUAUUAAAAAUGUUAAAAAUAUUUUUCAAAGGAACACAUAGAUAAAAUCUUCUUUCUAUAUGUGAUUGAUGGCGAUUAAUUUCAAGUGAAUUAUGACAAAAUGUGAUUAAUCACGAUUAAAUAUUUCAAUACAUAAACAGCCCUAAUAUUAAUGGUAUAUUUUUAUUAUUAGUUACUAGUAUCAACACUUGAGCUUCUUUUCUUUGCAUUUUGUUCUAUUUUUUUUCCAUUUAUGUUGGGUUUUAUACCUACAAUGUCCCGUAAGACAAUUUAAAAAAAAUAUCCGCAAAUGGCCCCCAGGCCACACAUUAGACACCCCUGGGCUUGACAGCCCAAAACAAUAUGAAUCAAACACAAACGGCUAGUGAUUUCAUCUGCAACAUAUCAAAAAAGUGGCAAAAAUGUCCAGCACUGUUUUCCAAAGUCAAAGCUGAUGUAUGAGAAUUUCUUGCUUUGCCUAAAACCCAAAGAUAACAGGUCUGCUUUCAUCAUUGACUAAGGAAUUGAAAAAAAAUACAUUUGACAGGCCGAAAUCAGGAAAUUCACAUUUAAAAAAAAAAAAAAAAAAACCUAAAUAGUUGUUGCUUCAUUGGAUAGUCAAUUAGUCAUCAAUUCAUCGAUUAAUUGUUGCUUAUUGAAUGAUCAACAUCUGUUUACUGAGUCUGGGAAAAGUUUGGAAUAUUGAAAUGUCAAAUCUGUAGGGACCCUGCACACUGGAGCAAUGUCAGCAUUCGGCUUGAACCACCCAUGGUACUACAUCUAAUAAACCACAUGGUUUUUGGCACGCACACGUCCAUGAAGUAGGUCUGUCACAAUUACCAAUAAAUCAGCUAACUGCACAAUAAAUGAAAACAAACACCAGAAUUUUGCCCGCCUCGAUAUACUGACGUGUAUGUGUGUUUGUUUUCCUCUUCGCUGUCUACCAAACAGGCUGGAUGAAAAGAGGAUUCACUCUGUGCAUGUGUCUCAACACGUGGACAUGUUGGUACUAUAGCAGAAUGCACAAAGUGAGUGAACCCCCUGUCAGUCAUUCAUUCUCUUUGUCCCAGCGGGUAGGGGCAGGGCUAGAGAGUGUGCAGCCAUGUGCUACACGAUGAAAUACUUUCUUGGUACGUGUUGUGUAUAAAACACCGUUAUUUCUUAGCAAAGACAGGGUCUGAGUAAUUCUUUUUUUUUUUAACAACCGCAUAUAAUUUAACCAAGGUCUCAGUCUUGUUACUUUCCACUGUGUUCCUGCAUUACCUGUAGUUUAAUUUAACAACAUAUAACACAUGGCGCUAGGUUAAUACUGUUUUAUUAACUUGUGAGCUGAGUAGAUGAACACUUAUUGGAAGUAGAUUAUAGGAAACGCAUAAGAAAAAGUACAUUCACAUUAGCAAAUAACUGAUAUACCCACAGAAACGGGUGUUCUGUACGUGCCUGUUAUGUUUUAUUCAGAAAAGUUGCUGACGGAAGACCACGUCAGCAGGAAAUGCGGCUCUCAGCUGUUGCUGCCACACACACACACACACACACACUGUGGAAUGUGCAAGAUAAGAUAAACUUGGCGCCACAUCAAAACGUCAGCCAUCCGGGGAAACCUCUCCAAAAGGUGGAAAAGCCCAUCGCUGGGGGCAGACUUCUUCUCAUCGGAAGGCCGCAGGAGGACAUUAGCAGAGACAUUUAGCCUGGAUAUCCGGAACUUGUGAUUCUAUUCUGUCUGACAUACCUAAAAUACCUUUUUGUUAACCUUCUACUGGUGUGUAAGUCUUAUUCCUUCUCAUAAUUGGAGAUGAACGCACACGUAAGGGGAGGUGAAAUUUACUUAUUUACUUAUUAAGACGAGACAGAAUAGUUUCGCACUGGGUUGACGUCCCUUAAGAGUCAUGAGAGUUGCGAACUCUGUGGUGAAAUGCCACUCAAUUGGGUUCGAGUCCCCUAAAGUACCAAUCGUAGGUUGCAGACCUUGUGGAAUUCCACCUAUACCUUGACCAAAAUUUUUGGAAACGAGAGGCCCAACGUACGGAAUGGAGAUGUGACUCCGCUGCAAUCUACUAACAGAAGCAAUUCCCAGCGCACGGUGAGAGUUUAAUUUUCUGUCUCAAUUUUGUGUGAGUGUGGGCUAAAUGAGUGGGGACUUGACAGGUUUUAUCCUCCAACAAAAAUUAGCUUGGGAAAAAAAGUAGCAACAAAAAGUUUAAUUAGGAAAAUGGAAGUGAAGGCAAUAGUUUUUAAGUCUCUGUUGUCUGAGGAUUAUAGUGAUCACAGUUAAGUUGGUGCGU